CGUGAUCAACGUCAACGCAUAAGUAACAUGCAGGACCUACAUCGGAUGAAGUUGAAGAUGCCUGCUGCAGGUCCUCGUGGCGGAUAGGGAUACCCUGUGCUGCUUUAUGUAGCGCUUUCAGCAAAAAUCAAUUCGGUUUGACAGUUUUCUCGCUCUCGCCGGUUCGCCUUCUUGGCACUGAAAAAACAAAAAUGGUUGCACCAGUCCCCGGCGCGGCGGGCGCUCUGGUCGCAUACGACCCGGCGUUACUGCAGCAACUACAUUCGCUUUCAGGAGGAACCACAAAGAGCUCUGGCAACACCGCACCAGGCUCGUCCUCGGUUGCAAGUGACACAGCAACAAGUCGUGCCGCGAUUUCAUCCCCCAUACUAGCCUCCUUCCCGUCUCUCGUUUCCGACCUGGACGGUUUCACGGCUCUCCUCGCGGAGACAACACUGGAAAACCAAGGAGAGGCGUACAAACUUUUCUCUUCCGGCAAAGUGUCCCUCAUGCCGGUGCAGACCGUCGGCCAGCAGCCGUACGGGGCGGUGUCCGCCGGGCCCAGCGCGCAGUGUUGCGUGAAGACCGGAUACGUGCACAACGGGGACACGUUUGUGAUCAAGAUCGCAGCGGGCGGCGCGGUGGGGUAUGGGAAUACGGGGUUUCUGCUCGUUUUCUCGCAGAAAACGAUGCAACUGUGCAAGCAGCUCAACGACAGCGGGAUUCUCACCGAAAUCAGGACGGCGGCUGCGACAUGUACGAUUUCUUCUUGAUCUUGGGCAGCUUUUGUGAUAUUUUUCCAUUAAGUCUAGUAUGAGUUAUGCUUUGUGGUUUGCGUGCGUGCAUUCUGCACUUUCUUCUGCCUUGUUUGGAGAACCAAAUACAUGAUCAACUAUUGUCAGGCUACGCAUCGCGCCUGAUAUGGAAGUACGGUGCCCCACGACCAGAGCAGCCACCAGAAAAUAACGCACAAAGCGACAACCAAAUCAGCGACAUCACUUCCAUCGGUAUCCUCGGCGCGGGCGUUCAAGCGUGGUGGCAACUGCGUUUUCUCCAAUUGAUCACCCCUUGCAGAAACGUCCGCCUCUGGACACGCGAUGCGAAAAAGGGAAAAGAAUUCGUCGAGAACUUGAAUUCCUCCGCUCACCUUCCGGACCGAGAGUGGGACGUCACCUUCUGCAGCGACGUGGGGGACGUGGGGCAGAACUGCGAGUUAAUUCACACACUGACCUGUAGCCGAGAAGAAUUGUUGAUCACAAAGCACUUGUUUUCCACCAGCAACAGCCAUCAGAGUCGCAGUAACAGUCGCGGAAACAGUCCGGUGGAGGAACAGGGAUGUUCUGAGCAAGAACUACGAACCGGCGGAGGUGCCUUAUCUGCUGCAUUAGCAGUAGAACCUCAAGAAGCCACGACCACAGUAGCUCCUCCUCCGAGCAGCUGCAAGGUGAAGCGUCAGCACAUCAGCGCUGUCGGUGCGGACGCGCCGGGAAAACAGGAGCUUGGUGUCGACGUUCUGCUCUCUGCGGACUUGCUGGUCUGCGAUUCGGUGGCGCAAAGUUUGGAGAGGGGGGAGUUUCAGCGACUUCUGCAGCAGAGCAGCAACAGCCGGACGAACACGUUAGUGGAGGCAGAUCGAAUCGUCGAGAUCGGAACUCUCGCCAUGGAAAUGGAGGCUGGUGGAGAGGUAUGAAAGCCUCAGAAUGGAAAAGCUGAACGUGGAAAUAAUUUGUGAUGCAUGAAAUGCUACGCAAAAAAGACUGUAUUGCAGAGGACGCAACGGAGGCCGACUAUUGUCCUUCCCCGGGUUAAGAAUUGGAGUGCUGAUUAGCACGAGAGAAGGGCACCACUUUGCGUUAAUCAGCAUGACAGACAUACCUUGAGUGCCCGGGAAAUUUGUCAUGCGCCGCCUAGAAGUGGCGCUUCAACUGGAAUGCUUUUCUGCAUUACAAACCAUGUCGAUGUCCACUUUGAGGAUUUCCAACCUGAGGCUUUCAUAAGAGGCAACGAAAUUGUCUAGCGGGGGCACUGCCACUGGGCUGACAAUCUUUGACACCUCAGGCAUUGCAGUGCAGGACGUCGCAAUUGCCGAAAUGGUUGUAAAAUUGCUGGAAAAAAAAGAACAAAUGGUAGCUGCAAAAGAAGAUGGAUUGUGAUUCAUCAGUAAAAGAUUGUGUAGCUGCUACCAUAGUAUCUGAAACCACAACCACGCGAUCAUCGCUAGUGUUGAAGCCCCGCGCGAAUGCAAUCUUCGUUGAACUCAAUUAUUGACGUUGUCGUUCGAAAAAACCACAUAUUUUCACUCAGCGUUCUUGCACUUGUCGAUUCGACGUGAGUGAGGGGACCGAUGACAGGGAGAGACGUUGGGAUCAUAUUAGUAUUACUCUCGGAUGCGGAGAUGAGGAAGAUGACGAUGAGCCGCAAAUACAUAUUUUGAAACCGC